AUGCCGUGUCCAGCUGGGAGGAGGGCUCUGCCCUGGGCAUCACUGCUGCUUCUCUUAGGGUUCCAACCCCAGGGAAUUCGUGCUUGGUGUUCUGAAAAGGAUAAAUUAAGUGUCUAUGUCAGUGACCCCGACACAGUGAAGUUUGCUUUGAACACAUUCAACGAGCAGAGCAAGGAUGAAUAUGCCUACGGGCUGUCGCUGAUCCUGAGUUUCUCAAAGGUGCAGACAAAGCAACCAGACAUUUUCUCCAUGAAACUGCAGCUGGAAAGAACCAUCUGUAAGAAACAUGAGGAAAGCCUUGACACCUGUCCCUUUCAGGAGAGCCAUGAACGGAAUAAUACCAUCACCUGCUUCUUCACCGUUAGCACUCAGCGCUCAGCAAACCAGUUCAGCAUCUUGAAGAAGACAUGCUCUGAGGGUCCCCCCAAACACACUGACUAG